AGGUGGGGGGGGGGUGUAUCGCGCUCGGCGCAUGCGCAGUAGCGCCUGCGCGUGAGCGCGCUGCUGCUUCUGAUAGUGGCGCAGUCUGGUGGUGGCAGCAGCUGCAGGGUGUAGCGGGAAACGGGUGAGAAGAUGGGUGACCCCGCCGGUGACGUGAACUCCAACCUGCUGAUACCGAGCUCCACCGGGGACUCGGAGCUGGACGCGGCCGUGUGGCAGUGGCUGCAAUGGGAUAAGAACCCUAAAACCCGAGGUCAGAUCGAGACCCUGCUCCAGGAUGGAAAGAACAAGGAGCUGCGGGAGCGGCUGUGCUCCCGGAUGUCGUUCGGUACGGCCGGGCUGCGCUCCGCCAUGGGGGCCGGCUUCUCCAGGAUCAACGACCUGACCAUCAUACAGACCUCGCAGGGAAUGUUCCAAUAUCUGGCGAGAAGUUUUCCUGACAUGAAGAGCAGAGGGGUCGUGGUGGGAUACGACACGCGGGCACAAGCCGCCAGCAACUGCAGCAGCCAGAGGCUGGCUAAGCUGACGGCGGCGGUGUUCCUGAGCCGCGGGGUGCAGGUUUAUCUCUUCUCCAAAUAUGUCCCCACGCCAUUUGUGCCGUACGCCGUCCAGAAGCUGCGGGCUGUGGCCGGGGUCAUGGUCACGGCGUCUCACAACCGUAAGGAAGACAACGGCUACAAGGUGUACUGGGAGAACAGCGCUCAGAUCACCUCGCCCCAUGACAAGGAGAUCCUGAAAUGCGUGGAGCAGAAUCCGGAGCCCUGGGCCGACUCCUGGAGCGUGAACCUGGUGGACAGCAGCCCGCUCCUGAGGGACCCCCUGCAGGCCGUGGUGGAGAACUACAUGGAGGAGCUCCGCCCCCUCUGCUUCCACAGGGAGCUGAACCAGAAGACGCCGGCGCGGUUCGUCCACACGUCCUUCCACGGAGUCGGUCACGAUUACGUCCAGUCGGCCUUCAAAGUCUUCGGCUUUAACCCCCCGAUCCCCGUCCCCGAACAGAAGGACCCCGACCCCAAUUUUUCAACAGUGAAAUGUCCCAACCCUGAGGAAGGCGAGUGCGUGCUGGAGCUGUCCCUCAGGUUGGCAGAGAAGGAGGGCGCCCGGGUGGUGCUGGCCACAGACCCUGAUGCCGACCGCUUGGCUGUGGCCGAACUACAAGACUCAGGCCGCUGGAAGGUGUUCACUGGGAACGAGCUGGCCGCGCUCCUCGGGUGGUGGAUGUUCUUCUCCUGCGACAAAUCCACCUGCAAAGUGCAGGACAUCUACAUGCUGGCCACCGCCGUCUCCUCCUCCAUCCUCCGCGCCAUCGCCACUAAGGAGGGCUUCCAGUAUGAGGAGACUCUCCCGGGAUUCAAGUGGAUCGGGAACAGAGUGAAAUCCCUUCUGGAUCAGAACAAGUCCGUCCUGUUCGCCUUUGAGGAAUCUAUAGGCUUCAUGUGCGGGACGGCCGUGCUGGACAAGGACGGGGUGAGCGCCGCCGCGGUGGUGGCAGAAAUGGCCACUUAUCUGGGCAGCAUCAACACGAACCUGGAGCGCCAGCUGAUCCGCAUCUAUGAAACGUACGGUUAUCACAUUUCCAAGACGUCCUAUUUCCUUUGCUACGAUCCGUCCACCAUCAAGAGGAUUUUUGAGCGUCUGCGGAAUUACAGCGGCCCCAAGCAGUACCCGCAGGCGUGUGGGGCGUAUGGCGUGCUCCAUGUGCGGGACGUAACCAUGGGAUACGACAGCAGUCAGCUGAAUAAGAAAUGUCUGCUUCCCGUCAGUAAGAACAGUCAGAUGAUCACCUUCACGUUUCAGAAUGGCUGUGUGGCCACCUUAAGGACAAGUGGGACUGAACCGAAGAUCAAGUACUAUGCUGAGAUGUGCGGGGUCCCCGGGCAAGGGGACCGGUUAUUCCUGGAGGGGGAGCUGCAGAAGGUAAUACAGGCCCUGGUGGAGGAGUUCCUGGAGCCCAGCAAGAACGGCCUGAUCUGGAGGGCGCCAUGAGGACUCCAGCCCCGGAGGUCUCCAAAAAUGGCGGAAAAAUAAUGUAUAACUGUCCGGACGUAUUCAAUGCGAAACUCCUAUCUUUGUGUGAUCCUGCCGCAAAGCAUUGUGGGAUGCUGCGAUGCAUCGAAUGAGUUUCUUAAAGGGAUCGUACACGUUCCUCUCCUUUCAAUUCAAGGUUUAUCUGUUAUUUUGUUUAUGUUCGGUUUGUCGGCUUUCAACCAAAUAACCUUCCAUGUCUUCAGAGCUCGCCAUUCACAGGUCCGCCAUUCACAGGGGGCCGGCCUAGGUGAGGGCGGAGCUUCUGUUGAGUCCUAUCAGGGAUUGGAGAGGCUCGGUUCUUGGACAUGUAGAGGAGGGAAAAAAAAACUUGAGUUGUUUUUUAUGUUUUGUUUUGUUUUGUUCUGUUUAUGUUGUUUUGUUCUGUUUUUGCUGUUUGUGUUAACUUAUUACCUUUACCCCUGAAGAUCGGCGCCGUGGCUGGGUCUUCUGGCCGCGUCUCGUGGCUGUUAUGUUAUUUUUUUAGUUUUUUGUUAUGCUGCUCUGAGAUUCUUGCACAGUAGUAGAACUUUUCUUUGCUCUUUUUAGUAUUUUGUUUAGUCUUAUUGAGGUAAUGGUCGGGAAGCGAUGCCAGUUAUUAUAGGAGCGGUGGGUAAGUCUACCCCUGGUGCCCGCUGCUCGUGGGGUAGGUCCGCACCACUCCAUUACUCUAAAUCGCUGUUCUCCAACCUGGGGCUCUCAAGCAUUUGCAGAACUACGACUUCCAGCCUGUGGUUGUCAGGGCAUGCUGGGAGUUGUAGUUUCCCCCUCAGCUUGGAAAUCAGUGAUCUAGACUCUAAAGGAGAUCUCCAGUAUUGGAAAACGUAUCCCCUAUCCUAAGGAUAGGGGAUAAGUUUCAGAUCGUGGAGGGGGGGGGGGGGGGGUUACCGCUGGGCCCCCAAGCCACCCCCCCCCCCCCCCCCCCCGCAAUCUCCUGUACGGGGCCCUGGCAGUCUGCGGGAAGGGGGCGUGUUGACCACCGCACGAAGCAGCGGACGACACGCCCUCUCAAUACAACUCUAUGGGAGAGCGGGAGCGCUGCCUUCAGCAAUCUGCGGCUCUGCCAUAGCGCUGUGGUCUACACUCUAUCUGGGCGGGGGGGACCCAGCGGUCGGACCCCCCGCAAUCUGAAACGUUUCCAAUACUUUUCCAAUACUGAAGAUCCUUUUAAGAGAUUGACCAGACGUUGUCAGUCUUCUUAAUGAACGUUCUGUAUGAAUAAAGUUUCAUCACUGCCUAAAAAAAGUUCUACAACUUUCGAAUAUAACUUUAUUUGUGACCAUUUUCAAGAUUUCUACUUGCUGUCAGUGAACUGGGCCAGUCUGAAAUCAGCCUCUGUAUACAUUCACAGUCAUGUCUUAUUCUCCAAUCACAGACCCCUUAAAGACCAGUCACACAUGGAGCUGCAUUCAGUCAAACAUUAUUCUCCAGUCACCUCCAGAGCUGCAUUCACAGUCCUAUCUUAUUCUCCAGACACCUCCAGAGCUGCAUUCACAGUCCUAUCAUAUUCUCCAGACACCUCCAGAGCUGCAUUCACAGUCCUGUCUUAUUCUCCAGUCACCUCCAGAGCUGCAUUCACAGUCCUGUCUUAUUCUCCAGACACCUCCAGAGCUGCAUUCACAGUCCUAUCAUAUUCUCCAGACACCUCCAGAGCUGCAUUCACAGUCCUAUCAUAUUCUCCAGACACCUCCAGAGCUGUAGUUACAGUCCUAUCUUAUUCUCCAGACACCUCCAGAGCUGCAUUCACAGUCCUAUCUUAUUCUCCAGACACCUACAGAGCUGUAUUCACAGUCCUGUCUUAUUCUCCAGACACCUCCAGAGCUGCAUUCACAGUCCUAUCAUAUUCUCCAGACACCUCCAGAGCUGCAUUCACAGUCCUAUCUUAUUCUCCAGACACCUCCAGAGCUGCAUUCACAGUCCUAUCAUAUUCUCCAGACACCUCCAGAGCUGCAUUCACAGUCCUGUCUUAUUCUCCAGUCACCUCCAGAGCUGCAUUCACAGUCCUGUCUUAUUCUCCAGACACCUCCAGAGCUGCAUUCACAGUCCUAUCAUAUUCUCCAGACACCUCCAGAGCUGCAUUCACAGUCCUAUCAUAUUCUCCAGACACCUCCAGAGCUGUAGUUACAGUCCUAUCUUAUUCUCCAGACACCUCCAGAGCUGCAUUCACAGUCCUAUCUUAUUCUCCAGACACCUACAGAGCUGUAUUCACAGUCCUGUCUUAUUCUCCAGACACCUCCAGAGCUGCAUUCACAGUCCUGUCUUAUUCUCCAGACACCUCCAGAGCUGCAUUCACAGUCCUGUCUUAUUCUCCAGACACCUCCAGAGCUGUAUUCACAGUCCUGUUAUUCUCCAGUCACCUCCAGAACUGCUUUCAGUCAAACAUUAUUCUCCAGUCACUUCCAGAGCUGCAUUCACAGUUAUGGCUUAUUCUCCAGUCACUUCCAGAGCUGCAUUCACAGUCCUGUCUUAUUCUCCAGUCACUUCCAGAGCUGCAUUCACAGUCCUGUCUUAUUCUCCAGUCACCUCCAGAGCUGCAUUCACAAUCCUGUCUUAUUCUCCAGUCACUUCCAGAGCUGCAUUCACAGUCCUGGCUUAUUCUCCAGCCACUUCCACAGCUGCAUUCACAGUCCUGUCUUAUUCUCCAGUCACUUCCACAGCUGCAUUCACAGUCCUGUCUUAUUCUCCAGUCACCUCCAGAGCUGCAUUCAGUCAAACAUUAUUCUCCAGUCACUUCCAGAGCUGCAUUCACAGUCCUGUCUUAUUAUCCAGGCACCCUCAAGACUGCAUUCACAAUCCCCUCAUACUACAGUCACCUCCAGAGCUGCAUUCACAGUCCCUUUAUACUUCAGUCACCUCAAGAGCUGCAUUUACAGUCUUCAGUCACAUCCAGCACUACAUAGUCCCCUUCAUAGUCCAUGCACAUCUAGAGCUACACUCUUAUACUCCAGUCACAUCCACAGCUGCAUUCACUGUCCCUUUAUAUUCCAGUCACCUCCAAAGCUGCAUUCAGUCACAUCUUAUCUUAAGAUAACCCUGCCCUGACCUAGCCCAUAGUUUACCAUGUACAUAAAAUGUAUCAGUCUGGGUGUUUUAAAGGGGUACUCUGCCCUUAGACCACUUAUCCCCUAUUCUGCUGCGGCACCCCAGACAACCGGUGCACGGAGCCAACUUCGCUCCGUGCCGGGUGACUGGCGAUGCCGGGCAGAGGCUUGAAAAGUCACGGCCACGCCCCCUCACCACGCCCCCUCGUGACAUCACGAGCCUCCGGCGCUGCACCCGACUCUCUAAACGAACGCCGGGUGCAGCAGGGAGAUCGCGGGAUCCCCAGCGGCGGGUCCCACGUGAUCAGACAUCUUAUCCCCUAUCUUUUGGAUAGAGGAUAAGUGGUCUAGGGGCGGAGUACCCCUUUAAGCUCUUUACCUUGCAGCACACCCUCAGCUGGAUGUAGAGUAGUUGUGUUUUUUUUCCAUUCACUGACAGCAAUGCAAUAAAGGUUUUGCGUUGUUGCCAGGUUUAGCUCGCACUGAUACAUUGUCACAAACACUCAGCUGUGUAUGGGAGCAGUUUUUCGGGCUCAGUAUAGUAAGUGUUUCCAGUCACUGACAGCAAGGAAAUCAUGAAGAGGUUUUUAUAAUGAAGUCCCAGGACUGAGCAUUAAGCGGAGAUUCCGUGUCUGCACUUUCCCUUUGUUCCGCCCGUUUCUCUGUGUAUAUUGUGCUGCGGUUUUGUCGCUCUGUGUCCCUCUCUUCUCUAUCAUCCAUAAUCUGAGGAUUCGGUGGAAGAGAAUUGUACGGGACGUCUUAAAGGUGAAGUGACGUAGACGCUGUUAUAGCCAAUUCUCUGCACUUUAUAUCCCCCCCCCCCCCCCGCUCUGUAUUCACAGGCUGAACCACUACAGAGUAUAAAGCUGCUGCGUCACUCCACCCCGAGGGGCCACUCCACCCCGAGGGGCCACUCCACCGUACUACAGAUCACCGCUACAUCAAGUGUUCAACAGCUGAGUCUGAUGUGACCACCAAGGUGUCAUUUAUACUCCAGUCACCUCCAGAGCUGCAUUCACAGUCCCCUCAUACACCAGUCACCUCCAGAGCUGCAUUCACAGUCCCCUCAUACACCAGUCACCUCCAGAGCAUUGUGGGGGCACAGCCAAGCUAUUCACGCUCUGCUCCUCAGCACAACAGGUCCCUAGUGGUAGUUGAAAGGAUUUGGGUGCAGCUCUUGAUGUAAUUGGAGAACAUAGCUGAACAUUAGAUGUAUGUGUGACCUGUGUACUGUGACCAGUUGGGUCUUCAGAUGGGGGCUCGGGUGGAUGACGUCUCAAUGUCCUUGAUGGAGAAUCUUCUCGGCACUGCCCUGCGCAGCCAUCUAGCGUUUUCUUGGUGGCCUCAUGCUUAGUCGCUGACCACUGGGUUAGCCGUGCAGGGAAGUGUCCGGGCUCCAUGUGUUUCUAUUGAAGCUUGUUGCACUGUGAUCGAUAAUGCCCCCACCCCGCGGUCUGAAUGUAAUGCCCAGGGGUGACCCAUAUUGCACUAAGUCUUAUUGCACUGCUCUUGUCUGUCCUGCAAUGGAACACUAUAUAGUGAUGCACCGUCCUCUAGGGGUCGCUGUGAUAGAUUAUUUCUACUGCAGAGGGGAUGUUACAAUGUGCCUCGAUUAGAUGUCUGGACAACACAGAGCCACCCCCCAAGUUCAUAUGCUAUAUGUGCUACCAAAAUGCCCUGACCCCUUCUUACCCUUCUUUUACCUGUGUUGAUGACCUAUGUUUGAAUAAUAUCGAAGCAGAGAUCUGGACGCUGGUAUUAAGUAGUGGCUUGUUUGGAGCUUGUUGACUACCCAAGAACCUCUGAAGUUGUAGACAAUUGGUGAUUGAUGGCCUUACUUAACCCUCCUACCACAAAAACUCUGAGCCCAACCAUCUAGCCGACCAACCUGAGGUAUGAUCCCGAUGUAUGUUGCCAAUUGGAAUUGGGCAGAAAUACUAGGGGCUGUCACCCAGUUGAGGAACCAGGCGAAGGCUCCUUUACUCCCCUGUGUAGCUCGUUGGCACCUGAAGUCCAUCUGGAAACCUAAAGUGUCCAUGUUUCCUUUUGAAGGCUCUUGAGUGAAGGUAGGGAAUUCCUACUUUCUAUAUACUCUACACCUUCCCUAUGUUUGCAGUCUAGGGGGGGUCAAUAGAUGAGUGAGCCAGCUAGUUCAGUUUUGUUAGAACAUCUUACUGGUUUGGAGCUUGAAGACCACCCAAGAACCUCUUUAGGCUGUAGGGGAUUAUUAGGGACUAUUGGAGAUUUACCAUCUUACUUUACCCUACAACCACAAACCUGAAGUCUGAUCUGAGCCCGAGAUGAAUAUGGCCUGUUUGGAAAGGGCAGAAAUACUAGGGGCUGUCACCCAGGUUAAGAACCAAGCAAAGGCUUCGCUUCACCCCCAGUAUAUCACGUUGGCCACGAAAAUCCAUUUGGAAAUCUUAAAGGGGUACUCCCCUAGAAAUAAUUUUUUUUGUAAAUCAACGUGACAAAGUUAAACAGAUUUGUAAAUGACUUCUAUUUAAAAAUCUUAACCCUUCCAGUACUUAUCAGCUGCUGUAUGCUAAACAGGAAGUGCUUUUCUUUUUGAAUUUAUUUUCUGUCUGAAACAGUGCUCUCUGCUGAAGGAACUGUACAGAGCAGGAGAGGUUUGCUAUGGGGAUUUGCUUCUGCUCUGGACAGUUCCUGAAAUGGAAAGAGGUGUCGGCAGAGAGCACUGUGGUCAGACAGAAAGGAAAUUCAAAAAGAAAAGAACUUCCUGUGGAGUAUACAUCAGCUGAUAAGUACUGGAAGGAUUAAGAUUUUUAAAUAGAAGUAAUUUACAAAUUUGUUUUACUUUCUGGCACCAGUUGAUAAAAAAAAUAUUUCCUAUAUUUGGCCGUUCAGAGGGAUGGGUUGUGCCCACUAGUUCCGAUUUGGUAGAACAUCUUACCAAUGUCUUGGAUCUGCAGAUCUAGAGGUUUUACCACUCGUCCACGUCAUUGCUUUGGCAUCAUCAGAGGUUUCCUUUCAAGUGUUACGACCCUGGAGUAUCGGGUCACAAAAAGUUUAGGGGAAACGACUGUAGAAGAUAAGAAAGCUUAUUGUAUAACGCACAAGAGGGCCCUAUAUGUACGUAAAUAUAUAGACCGGUCCUAUAGGUUAGGCACGGUUAUUGCUUGCUUGUUUUUAAGGGGAAAGCUCCCAGAACCGGGACUGCAGUAAAGUCCUUCAUAUUCACGGUUCGAGGUUCGGAGCUGUUCGAUGCUUUAUUAUUAUUUUGUGGUUACUUGUAUUUUGGCUUUUUGCUUUGUUGCUAUAAUUUAUUUGGUCUCGUUUAUCAAUGUUUCUUAUACAGUGAUUAGAAUGUGUAAGGUGCUACCGGCAAAACAUUUUACAUUCUGCUUAGGAUUUAUGCCCCCACAAGUCUCUCUUCCCGUUUACCCCAAUUCUUGGAGACUUUUUUUUUUUUCCAACUCGAAGGCCAGUUGGUGGGUGUAAUCUCUGAUAAUAAUGUGGUUCCCCAUCUCCUGAAGUUCCUUUUUGUGUUUUCUCAAUCCUCUUUUACAUUAGUCUGAAAUUUUUUCGGCUUGGACAGAAGAGACUUGAUCAGAGACAACCACUUAGAAGAAUUGGACACUGGUUCCAUUUAGUUAUGGAAUAGCGUUUGGAUCUUGAGUACCCAGAACCUCUUAAAGGAGUACUCCGCCACUAGACAUCUUAUCCCCUAUCCAAAGGAUAGGGGAUAAGAUGUCUGAUCAUGGGGGUCCCGCCACUGGGGACCCUCGCAAUCUCCCUGUUGCACCCGGCAUUUGUUUAGAGCAUCGGGUGCAGCGCCAGAGGCUCGUGAUGUCAGCCAUGCCCACUCGUGACAUCACGGCCACGCCCCCUCAAUGCAAGUCUAUGGGAGGGGGUGUGACUGCGUCACACCCCCUUCCAUAGACUUGCAUUGAGGAGGCGUGGCCAUGAUGUCACGAGCGGGGGGCGUGACUGUCACAAGCCUCCACAUCGUCAGUCAUCCGGCACGGAGCAAAGUAUGCUCCGUGCACCAGAUGUCUGGGUUGCCGCAGCCGAGAUAGCGGGGAUCCCCCGCAAUAAGGCAUCUUAUCCCCUAUCCUUUGGAUAAGGUAUAAGAUGUCUAGGGGCGGAGUACCCCUUUAAGCCCAGCUGUGGCUUAGUCAAAAAACACUUGGUCAGAGACUGGUUCUGGUUAGGUAGCUAGUAGUGGCUUGCUUGGAGCUUGAUGACUAUAGAAGAAAAAGUUGUAGACAAUUAGAGGUUGACCACUUUACUUUACCCUCCAACCACAAAAACCAAUAGGCCCAACCAUCUAGUUGACAAACCAUGAUAUCGGAUCUCAACAUGUAUGUGGCCAGUUUAGAAAGGGCAGAAAUAGUCACCAGGGGGAAAACCAGGAGAAGGCUCCUCUCUAGUUGGACACGAACAUCCAUUUGGAAGCCUAAAGUGUCUUGUGUAUCACCAAAAAAAAUAAACGCUUAAGUUGUAGACAAUUGGAGAUUGGCCAUGUCCAAGUAACUCUCUGACUGCAACAGUGGUCAGAGGUCUUUGAUUAUUUUUAUUAGUUGAAGGAUAACAUGGAUACUUGCCAAGAAUGUUGACGUGUUCACAAUCUGCAGAUUUCCAGUGUUUUCUCAAGGAUCGUCCUCGUUUAUCUGAAGUAUUUUUGGAAUCCUUUUAUGAUUUCACUGAAAACACUUUGACUUGAGAUUAGGGAUGUCCCGAUUCUGGUAUCAGGACCGAUACUGGACAUUUGCACAAGUACUUAUCCCCGAUACCUAAUCCGCCGGGACCCCUGCCCCGGCAAGUAUUACGGAGUUGCCGAACUAUGCAGCGCGCCCAGCAGCUGAGCGCGCGUCAUAGCUGAUCGUGGCGUCUAAAAGUCCUGAAGUUAACUGCCAGUUAGCUCAGGGAGGCUGAUCGGGAUCACCGUGGUGUGAGGACGGCCAGAGGUCCCUUACCGUGCCGUCCAGUCGUUGCUCCUUUUACUGCUGCCAGCCAUGGCAGGCAGUAGUAAAGGAGCGCCGAUAACACUGGUCAAUGCUAAGCUAUGGCAUAGUAUUGAUCAGUGUAUGCAAUCUACAUAUUGCAUGUAAUAAUGCCCUGUGGAAGACUUAAAAAAAAAAAAAAAAAAGUGUAAAAAUAAAUAAAGAAUACAUUUGAAUUAACCCCUUCCCUAAUAAAGUUUGAAUCCCCCCCCCCCUUUUAAAUAAAAUAAAAUAUAUAUUUUUUAAAUCCCUUCCUCUAAUAAAAACACCCCUUUUUUCCCAUAAAAAAAAAUUCUGUCACAUGACAGAAAAAAAGUAUCGAUAAUUGGUAUUGGCGAGUACUUAAAAAGGUAUCGUUCUCGUACUCUGUCUUAAAAAAAUGGUUUGGGACAUUCCUACUUGAGAUGGUUCUUUCUAGUGGUUUUCUGUGACCAAUUAAUUUUUUGAGACCUAUAUAGAAGGUUGUGUCCAAAGAUUUCCAUCAAUAGAACUAGAAGCCCAAGUCUCGUUUCUACGACCUUUUUGGGCUUUUCACGUGAAGACAAUCUUGUUUAGUUGGACGUAUCCCAGUUCUUUUCGUGUUAAACAGGAGAAGAUCUGUCAUUCUUGGGUGUGGGGGGGGGGGGGGUAAUAAUCCCAGUCUACCCACUAUACACAGUUAUUCUGAUGAUUAAGCUUUAAUGGUGGUGAGAUGUAGAAACAACAUGGCCGUUCUCUUCUGGAAAGAAGCAGCCAUGUUCUUCUAAUCCGGAAAGAUCACACUAAGCGUCACAUGACCAGAUCUCCAGUUUAAAGGCUUAUCAUACAGGAAGCUACGGCUGUAUAGACUUUCGUUUCACUUUCAAUUUUCUGUGUUUACCUCAGAAUAUUGAUGUUUCUUGAUUUUCUACAGAAUUCUGUUGCUGUAAGCAAAUUGUAUUUUUUUUGUAUUGUGUUGUGACCUAUUGUGUAACUGGUAUUGAAAUAAACUGGUUAUAAUAUUG